AUGGAGCACAAUCACCCACUGGCAUCAGAGGCAAGUGUGCAACACAUUAGGUCGCAUAGAAAAGUGAGCGAUGCAGAAUGUGCGCAGGCAAAAAGUUUAAAGUUGGUUGGGGCCAGAAUAUGCCAGAUAAUGAAACAUGUUGUUAUCAAAGCCGGAGGGUAUAGUAACGUGGGAUUUUGCAUUAAAGAUCUAUAUAACCGAAUGGACGAGGAACGUAGAAAAGAUAUUUUUAGUGGCGAUGCAGAAAGGGCACUUGGGUUCUUGGCAGCGAAGAAGGAUGCCGAUGACAUGUUCUUUUAUAAAUAUCAUGUAGAUAACGAAGGAAGAUUGGCAAGGUUGUUUUGGGCAGAUUCUAAAUCUCGUGUAGACUUCAGUGUAUUUGGAGAUGUAUUGGUGUUUGAUACAACAUACAAAACAAAUAAAUACCGCAAGCCACUAGUUGUACUUGCAGGGGUAAACAACCAUUUGAACAGCACUGUUUUUGGCUGUGCACUGCUAUCAGAUGAGAGGAUUGAAACAUAUGAAUGGGUGCUAAGUACAUUUGUAGAGGCUAUGAAAGGUAGAAAGCCAGUAGCAGUGAUGACAGAUGGGGACAGUGCAAUGUGA